CCAAUCAGCGCCCCCCGUCGUUCGCUCACGGCCUCUCAUUAGCCUGGUCCUGCUGGAAGGCGGGAAGAAUGGGCAGGGCGUCGGGCUAACGCCUGGCCAAUCGCCGGAACCACCGCGAGCGCCCCUGGUUGCCCCUGGAAACCGAACAGCCGGCAUCUGGGGUCAGUGGCGCUGGAGGAGCCGGAGGGAGAUGGACAGCCCCUCGGAGCACAAUGGGGACCCUGAGCAGGAAGACGGAGACGUGGCAAGCCUGGCCUCGAGGCCGUCCGAGAUCAAGGCCAGCUCUGGCCCCCAGUCUCCAGCCGAGACGGCGGAGCCGGAGCCGCAGCCGGAGGCCGUAGAGGCCUCCGAGGAAGGCGUCGCCGCGGCCGAGCCGGCCGAGCCCGCCGAGCCCCUGGAAAGGCCGGAGGCCACUGAGGCUGCGAGCCAGGAGGGGCCCAGAGAGCAGGAGCGGCCGGCCGAGGCCGAGCCAGAGGAGGUGGCCGAGGCCGGACCUGAGGAGCCGGCCACGCUCGAGUCCGAAGGCGGGCCCGAGGAACCCGAGGAACCCGAGGAAGAGGCGGAGGAGGGGCGGAGGGAGGAAGCCCCGUCGCCGGGUUCUCUGCCGCCGUCCACCACCGACCAGGAAAAGGCUGCGCCCGUGCCGGAGGCCGAGCGUGAGGGACGGGAGCAGGAGGUUCCGGACGGGGCUCUGCAGGGCUUGGAGUGGACCGAGGAGGUGCAGAAGGUGCAGGAGCAGCGGCUGCGCGCGGAGCUCCUGGAGCAGUACCGCUCCCUGAUGGCGGAGCGCCGCCGCUACCAGCGCUACAACGCCUACCUGCAGCACAAGAUCUCCGAGGCGCUGCUCAAGAAGAAGGGGCUGGACGCCGCCGAGGGGGCCGCCCGGGGCGCGGAGCCCGAGUCCCGCGAGAAGGAGCAAGCGUACUUCAGCCACCUGGCCGUGCUGGAGGAGCUGAGGAAGCAGCGGGCGGACGACCUGGGCUGGUAUCGCCAGGAGCUGGGCCAGCUGAAGCGGCAGUGCGAGGAGAAGCUGUCCAGGGCGGAGAAGGCGUGGCGAGACUUCCAGGCGCUCAAGAGGCAGGUGAUGUUGCAGGCCAUGGGCAGCUGUCGGACGAGGGGCGGUCGCCGGGCCGCUUUGCAAGAAGUGGAGCAGAUCCAGGCGCUGGAGGACAGGAAGGAGAAGGAGAUGCGCGCCGUGCGGCUGGAGAACGUGCAGCUGAAGCAGGGCCUGAUGCAUUUUGAAACCAGGAUGCGGGCCCAGGAGGACCUGGCCGAGGGCGUGCUUCUCAUCGACUUCGAGCAGCUGAAGAUUGAGAACCAGACCUUCAAUGAGAAAAUCGAGGAGAGAAAUGAGGAGCUUUUGAAACUGCACAACAAGGUGAACAGCAACGUGCAAAUAAUAACCCACGUGAAAGAAAAGCUACACUUUGUGGAACUAGGAAACGCAGGCAAAAAGUCACAGCUUUUGGAAAUCGAGGCUCAGGUGGCCCUACGGAGGGACAUCUUGACCAAGACUAAGCAAGCCAGAGACGGCCUGCGGCUUGACAACAUCACGCUGAACCAGAAGAGCGGGCUUCUGGGCAAGGAGUCGCUGCUUCGGGACAUGGAAGAGAAGGCGGGCAGGGCGGAAGGGCUCCAGCAGCGCCUCGAGUCCCUGAAGCGCCACCACGCGGGCCUUACCCUGUCCCGCCGAGGAGUGCAGCAGAAGAUCCGCGAAGCCAGAGCCUUUCUGCCCUCUUGACGUGGCUGAUGAGAAGAUCGCAGCACGUCAUCCUCCACCAGCGUAUUCUCCUCUUGGUGCCACUCUAAAAGGCCUGUGAUGUUUAGACGGAACUACACUUUGUAUCUCUCACAAUUUUUCAGCUUCCAAAAUUGGGUUAGCAGUCAAUUUUAUUGGGGUUAAGUAAAAUAGGGCCAGAGAAACAAACAACAGGUAGUGUACCUACUUCUCCUAAAAAGCUGUCAAAAGCCUUUUUGUAUUUGAGCAAUUCCAUAAUUUCAAUGGCCUGAUACUGAGAACUGUUCCUCUUCCAUAUGCAGGAGGGUUCAACCAACGGGCAGGAUCCCCCAAAAUCCCUGUGCAUUAAGCUCAUCAUUAAAUCCCUUUGAAUUUAUUAAGCUGUGUAGUACCAAGUCAGUCCCAAUUCAAAGCUCACUAAUUCCCUUAGAUUAACCUAAAGUGUGUUUCCUUUGAAGCCAAUAAAGGUUGAUUAAAACUCCUUGUCACAUUCCACAGCUUGAAUACGCUUUUUUAUAUUAUACUUAUCCAACCACACACACGUAACAAUAAAGGGAGUAUAAAACUUCGACUGCCUGCUUCCCUUCUCCUUAGCCUCAUCUACAAUUUU